GCCCGGAUGAACCUGUCUGAAUGGACUUUGUGCUGCUCUGCUCACCUUUGCUCUGAAUGUUUUACCUCUGACUCAUCUCCCGGUAGCUACAAAGCUAUUGACGCUAGCAACACAGUUUGAAGGAGAGCAAACUGUGUUUUUGACGGAGUUUGUUCGGAGGAAAAGUUUCUGUCAUUGUGUGAAAAAUGUCUAAAGUCCAAAUGCUGAGAGCGUCGGUGGAGCAGCGACUAACUGCGGCUGCUGAAGAGAUAUUUGGGCUGUUUGAAGGAACGAUAGCAGAGUACGAGGAGGAACUUUGUCGUUCAAAAGAGAAGAACGAGCGACAACAGAAACUGCUGGACGCUGUUUUAAACCCUCAGCUUCGGUUACACAGAGCAGACGUCCAGCAGCUGUCGGUGGUUAAAGCAGAGGUUCCCCCUGAGCAGCAGGAGUGGAGCUCCAGUCUGGACCAGGAGGACCCAGAGCCCCCCCCACACAUUAAAGAGGAACAGGAGGAACUCUGGACCAGUCAGGAGGGAGAGCAGCGUCAAGGGCUGGAGGAGGCUGAUAUCAAGUUCCCGUUAACUUCUGUCCCUGUGAAGAGUGAAGAAGAUGAUGAAGAGAAAGCUCAGUCCUCACAGCUUCAUGGAAGCCAAACUGAGGAGAACAGAGAGGCAAAGAGAACAGGAGCUGAUGGAGAGGACUGUGGAGGACCAGAACCAGCCAGGAACUCAGAUCCAGAUAGUCCUUUACAACCAGCUACUCAUGACAAGACUUCAGACUCCUCUGAAUCUCAGACUGUCAGCGGUGAUUUGGAGGAGACUAGGGAACCUCAGUCAGGUUUAAACCCUCUGAAAAACAAUGAAGUAGCUGUAAGUGAUGUGGAAUGUAAUACUGGAAACACAUCAGUUAGCUCCUCCGAAUGUGCUGGAAGCUUUGGCCACAAGAAACCUCUGCAGAAACACUCUGGAGUCCAAACAGGAGGGAAAACAUAUUGUUGCUCAGUUUGUAGUAAAGGAUUUUCAUAUCCUUGUAGUCUGAAACAGCACUUAACUGUCCACACUGGGGAGAAAUCAUUUAGUUGCUCAGUUUGUGAUAGAAGAUUUGCACUAAAGCAACAUCUGACACGACACUUGGCUUCCCACACUAAGGAGAAAUCAUUUAGUUGUUCAGUUUGUGAUAAAAGAUUUGCACAAAAGCAUUAUCUUAAUCGACACUUGGCUUCCCACACCGGGGAGAAAUCAUUCAGUUGCUCAGUUUGUGAUAAAAGAUUUGCACAAAGUAAAAAUCUGAAACGACACAUGGCUGUCCACACAAGGAAGAAACCAUUAAGUUGUUCAGUUUGUGGUAAAGGAUUCUCUCUUAAGAAGGCCUUAACGAACCACAUGAAACUUCAUUCAGAAGGGAAAAUGUUCAACUGCUCAGUUUGUAAAACAGGUUUCAGUAGCAAAAGCAAUUUGACGAGACACAUGAGAAUCCACACGGGGGAGAAACCAUUUAGUUGUUCAGUUUGUGAUAGAAGAUUCUCUCAGCUCAGUCACGUUAAAAGUCACAAGUGUGUUGGUGAGAGCAGCAGAAAGAAGUGAAGCUGCAGAGAUGCUCGCUGAGACAAGUUCUUCUCCGGCAGGAUUGUAAAGUUCUGAAAGCAAGACUUGGUUCAACACUGAUCAGCUAAAAAACUGUCAGAUUUAAGGCAGAAACAGACUCUAAACGGAGCUUUUUCAGCUCAAACAAAGCUACACAAUCAUUGUUAUUCUGUUUCUCUUUGUCUCUAUUUUGAUUUCUAGCCAGUGUGCCUUUUUUGGUAUUCCAUUUAUUCGUUGAUUAAACUUUUAUGGUUUUAAUAGGGGUGGGAAUUGAUUCGCACCUCACGAUUCGAUUCCGAUUCAGAGGCCAACGAUUCAAUUCGAAACCGAUUAUCGAU